GCCCAGCGAGACUUUCUGCUGAUGCAUAACCGCGGUCAUAACCUUCCGCGCACGGAGAUCCGAACCGACGGGGAGGUUAAAGGUCUUCGCACAAAAUUCCGUGAGGACGUAAAACGUAAGCGUGGUAAUGAGCUUGUGAGCGGCCCGCCUCGCCGAGACACGAUGUCGGACGACAGCCUGCCGCACAUCUCCUACGGGCUCGACAGCCGCGGCAGGAUAGUGCGUAUCGAGUCUGGUAUAACCAGGGCCAACAUCCGACGUCUUCCCAGCAUAGAGGAGGCUCUGAGGAGGCUCAGCACAAAUUUGAGAUCCGAUAGACAGGCCAGCGACUCCAACAACGGUAAUACACGGGACUCUUUCGCUCGUAGCGGAGAGAACUUGCGAACUGUACUUGUCGAUGUGCGGACAGUGUCAAUCUGCUGAGAUGGUUCGAUGAAACCUGUUGCCAGUCUGCCUACGAUCUGCUGUCAUUUCGCUUGCGGGGCGAUCUUCGUGGUCUUUCAGCAGAUCUGCUCGCUAUUUGCCGUCACUUUGUCGUGUAAACUGCCAACAGGUGUAAAUUCCUACUAUAGUUUUGCUCGCAAUGCUUUCAAUAACGAAACGUGUCUUUUGUCUGCCACUUUUCGGAAAGCAGAAUUU